CUGUAGACAAAACCAACGCGCAUGCGCCUUGACGCAUCUUCAGGAGCAACUAUGGCGUCCUUCUUAGCAGUGUGCAGGUUACACAUGAAGGGAAGAGUUAGUCUGGUGAAAUGUCUACAGAAGAAGGUCGAGACAUGUCUUCACAGGACUAUUGGGACAAAUGUCGUCGCUGCUCAAGAAGAAACGAAUGGCUGCAAAUCUUUGUAUGCCGUCCAGGCAGAGAGACAAGAACAGGCGGAGAGAUCUGUUCUCAUCAGCUGCCCCUCCAGAACCAGUGAGAAAAAGUUCCUCAAGUAUUUAUCUAGACAUGGAGAUAUCAAGAAAUACUUCUUCUAUGAAAGCUAUGGCGUGUAUGCUGUGGUGGAAUUUGCCAACCGGGAAAGUGUUGCCUCAUUACUCGAAGGAGUUGCUAUCCCCAGCGUCAGCCAUGAAUCCACGGUGCCUUUUAAAUCGAGACUGCUCUCACUGAGGAGCCUCGGCGCAGCGGAAUCACCAAACCAGCAGUCUGGCCAACUGUGCCAACCACAAACCACCAUUCCCAUCAACGAGCUCAUUCAGAGACUGUCCACAGAGGAGAGUAUAGACCAGCAGAUAACCUCACUAACAGAUGUCUAUCAGCUAACAGAGGAGAACAGCCGACUGCGUUUCCUCGUCUGCUCUCUGCUCAAGGAUAUUGCCGUUGCUUAUUUCCCAGAAUGCACGAUCAGGCCAUUUGGCUCAUCGGUGAACGGCUUUGGAAAGCUGGGCUGUGACCUGGACAUGUUUCUGGACCUGGAUGGCAUCAGUGGGAGAAAUAUAAAGAUGCCAAACUCAGGUCUGUCCCUGGAGUACCAGAUGAAGAGGGCCACCUCUGAGCGGUCCGUCACCCAGAGCAUCCUGUCCGUCAUCGGGGAGUGCGUGGACCAGUUCGGGCCCGGAUGUGUGGGGGUGCAGAAGAUUCUCAACGCCCGAUGCCCCCUGGUUCGUUUCGCCCACCAGCCCUCCGGUUUUCAGUGUGACCUCACAGCCAACAACAGGGUGGCGAUGAAGAGCACAGAGCUGCUCUACCUGUACGGAGAGCUGGACCCACGGGUGCGUUUACUGGUAUUCACCGUGCGCUGUUGGGCCCGAGCUCACGGCAUCACCAGCACCAUCCCCGGGGCAUGGAUCACCAACUUCUCCCUCACCGUCAUGGUGCUGUUCUUCCUGCAGAGGAGGAGCCCUCCCAUCAUCCCCACCCUGGACCACCUCAGGGACCUUGCAGGUCCCGCGGACAAGAGCAUGAUUGAGGGGAACGACUGCACGUUUGUCAGUGACUUCAGCAAGAUCCAGCUCCAGAGCAACACGGAACCGCUGGAGCAACUACUGCGUGAAUUCUUUGAGUUCUACGCCACCUUCGCAUUCAACAGGAUGUCCAUAAAUAUCAGAAAGGGCAAAGAGCAGAACAAGCCGGCGGUAGUCCCGCUGCACAUCCAGAACCCGUUCGAAACCUCUCUGAACGUCAGCAAGAACGUCAACGCCACGCAGCUCGAACGUUUCGUGGCUCUGUGUCAGGAGAGCUCCUGGCUGCUCCAGCAGAGUGAAACCAACACACCCACAGGGGGUAACGAAGGAAAGGCUUCCACGCCUUGGGGACUCGCCACCCUCCUCCUGCCCACUCAGGUCGCAGGGAUCAAAGGUCGCAAGAAAAGGAAACGGGAGCCAGCCAGUGAGAGGAUCAAGAGCUUGCUGGACUCCUUGAAGAACACCAAUCAUCAAAAGAAAAGCUAAGACUCAGCUCCAUCCUCUUACUAUCACUUUAGCUUUGGUGGACACCUUCUGGUGCCUCACUGAGGAGGCAAGGGGCAGCUUCUGCAGUUGAAUUCAUCUGCUGGACUAUAGUUCCCAACACGGACACUGGAGGGUGUCACUGAGGCCUGCAUGUGCAAGUGUUUGGGACCUGGAAUAAGGGAGUGAUUGCUGUGUAUCUUACUGUAGACACCUACUCUGUUGUAAUUAAAGACAAUACUGUGGAAACUGAUGCAAGUUCUGCCAGACGCUCUUUAAGAGAUAAGAUUGUAGAUUCACAGCUUUAUUAGAUUGAAAAUCUGUUGUACAUAGAUGUUAUGGUUUACACGGAUCACUAACAUCUGUUUACACCUCAAACAAAAUCACUAUUUUUUUUGUAUUAAUGUAACAAUACAGAUGGAAUAAUCAAGUUUUUAUUGCAAACUGAAAACUCUGGGGUUGUUUAUUAUCCAAAACUGACAAAAUGUAGAACAGAUACAGAAGUUUUCUUCUACUUCCAGUAACUUGAUAGAAUAAAUUAAAGUGGUAUUUAUUUCGCUCCUCUGUUUAUCU